AUGCCUUUGAGUCGGAGGGCGUCUCGCGAAGCCCAUAUCACGAUGCGCGAAGCAUUCAUGGGCCUUGAAAGGAUCAUGAUUGUCACCGAUCGAGCGCAGCUGAAGGACGUGACGCUUGACGACGUCCGACAAGCCGCUCUCCAGAUCGAAACACGGUUGGCGGCAAGCGGAUCGCUCCGCAACAUGCGACGACUGGCACCAUUGUUCUCUGGCUUGAGUCACUACUCCCAGGCCAUCGAGGUCCUGUGUAAUGGAACGCCUUAUCUACCCUGGAUAUGGGCUCCGAUCAAACUUGUGUUGAAGAUAUCUGCCGACUACAUCGAAGCAUUUGAACAAAUCAUCAAAGUCUACAGCAAGCUGGCCGAACCGUUGGUCCGAUUCAAACUGUUCCAACUGUCCUUCUCGACCAAUCCAGAAAUUCAGAGAACUUUGGCUGUUUAUUACUCUGAUAUUCUCAAGUUUCACGGGGAGGCUUACAAGUUCGUCCGACGAAAUGCUUGGCAGCGACUCUUUGCUACUUCGUGGGGCCGCUUCCAGCGGCGCUUCCAUAAUAUCUUUGCUGAUCUCAAAGCACAUGAAGAGUUGGUUGACAAGACCGUCAGUGCCGUCGAUAUAUUCGAGGCGAAGGAGAUGAGAGAGAAGUUGGAUGAUUGGAGACAACAAGAGAUGAUGAAACUGACGAAAGAGGAGGAGGAACGAACGAGUACAGAGUUUCAUGCCGUACUGAGCGUCUUGCGAGUUGAUGAGACACGUCAGAUAAACAUAUUUGACAAUCUUGUUGCUGAAGCCAAUCAACACCCCGGAUCCUGCGGCUGGAUACUCCAACAACCGAAGAUAAAAGCAUGGGCAAAGUCUGGCCGCGAUACGCAGUCUGCUGUACUUCAUGGUUGUGUCGGUAGCGGCAAAAGUGUCUUGGCUGCUCAGAUCGCGUCAUUUCUCCGGUCUUCAGAGCAUUCUUGGGUAGCGGCGCACUUUUGCACAUACCUCUAUCCCGAGUCAACGGACUACAACAGCAUAUUGCGAUCCCUGAUGGUGCAGAUGAUUCGUCAAGAUCCGGAGCUUAUAGCCUUAGCCUACGACUGGCUUGUAUUAAAGAAGAAACCCCCAAACUGUGCGGUUAUCGAACAACUUCUACGCCUUUUGAUGCUACCAGGCAUGUUUCUCUGGGCCAAACUCGUCAUGGAGUUUAUAAGCAAGAACUUCUUCUACGGCCGUGAUGAGAUAUUGGAAGCUGCCAGUAAGCUUCCUCGAGAACUGGGAAAGUUCUAUGGGCGGACAUUGUCGCAGAUUAUGGCAAAUUUUGACGAACGAUCCGUUCAAAGGAUCAGUUCUGUCCUGAGCUGGAUAUCAUUUGCUAAACGGCCACUUCGCUCUCCAGAGCUUUUGUCUGCUUUGACAUUUGACACCGGACACGAAGAAGUGAGUGAGCCAGUUCCGGCCUAUAUCCUCGAUCGGUGUGAGCCUCUCAUUCAGAAACAAGCCGACUCUACUUAUGCAUUUCUCCACCAUGGUUUAGCUACUGUUCAUUGUCUCCUGUCUUGUCAGCAGAUCUUUGCGCCCCCAUACCCUGAAACCCAAAGGGUUGGGAGAAUACUUCGUGGAACUCAUGGAUUCCACAUGUAUGCCACUCAUUUCUGGGUUGAGUACCUCUUGGGAUAUCCUGAACUUGAAGAAACUCGCUUUCUUGAGUCGGAAAUGUUUGUGUUGUCUUGUCGUUUGGCCAAAGGCUUUACCGGUGCGACACCAAGCCUGGAAGAGAUUAGAGGUGAAGAACUCAAUCCACGGCUUGCUCUGAUACGGCAAAGGCAUUAUCCCCUAUACAAGAUGGCAAAAAGGGUAAUCUUGGAGCAAAAGAAAGACACACUAGAACAUGUGUUAAUCAAGGGCAUCAAAUUUCAAGAACUCGAGCAAUUCAAGCAGAACUUUCGAGCAUCAGCGUUUACCUGUCGACUUUGGUCGUGUCCACAUGCCGUCGUCGGCUUCAGCAACAUGGACCGCCUCACUCAGCAUGAGAAAGACCACAUCAAGCACGUGUGUCGGGUUCCAGGCUGCCAAUAUCCGGCCUUCACCUCAGCAAGGAUGCUUAAGGAUCAUAUGGCCAAAUGUCAU